AUGACGGCUGUUGAGACACUUGAUGAAGAUGAGCUAUUGAAAGGUUCUGCUUUCUCAUUAGAUAAUGUAGAUGAGGACGCUCUGUUAGGACCAAUUAGUAGGACUACUACAACAGAGUUUGAUUUAGAUAUUGCUGAGAGAGAACUGCUAGGGGAAAAACCCGGCGUAAAAGAAGAAGCUGCGAGUUGCCCCGAUGGUAGUUUCGAAAGAGAAGAGUUGGAUUAUGAUGAAGAUGAAGACGAAGAUAAAGAAGAGCGAGUAGGGAGGUUUACCUCAGAGAGAAAUAAGCAGGCUACUCCAUCUACGAUACCCAAUAAAGAUAAUUCCGCUAUUCCUAUACAAAAAAAGGGGGGCGAACUCAAAAAAACAUGGAAUAAUAAUAAUCGUGGAGGAUUCAAUAAUCGAGGACGUAUGAACCAGUGGAACCCUCGUGGAGGCAAUAUGGCGGCAGGCAGAGGCCGUGGUGGUUUUGUAAAAAAUUUCGGAGGUCCCCCUUCGUUGCUUUCCAUGCACAUGGAACCCCCUGUUAUGCUCAAUGGUCAAAAUGGUGGCAAAAUAUUAGUGAAUCCUAAUUUUGUUCCAGGACCUCCACAACCUUUAGUUCGACUUAAUAUACCUGGUGCUCCACCAAUUUCUAUGGGACCUCCUUUGGUCCCUAACAUGUCCGUUGGAAAUCAAGCAGUUGGACCGAUCGUUCCUAGAUUACCUAACGGGAUUCCACUUGUUCCACUCCCCAAUCAUAAUCUACCUCCUAAUCAUGGAAUGGCUGGUUUCGGUAAUAAUAAUUCCCAUCGACACCAUCAUUCCCAUAAUCCCGCAUCUAUGUUCAACAAUGGAGGCUGGGAUCAACAAGUUGAAGAGUUCAUAAAUGGGGGUUUCCGUACUUCCAAGAGAAGAAGCGAAUCCUACAGUAGUCGAAGUGGUUCAAGCAGUUAUAGUGGAAGUUCUCGUUCUCGAUCUCGUUCCCGCAGUCGAUCUCCCAGAAGACAUCAAAGAUCUUCUUUCAGAAAACAUCGUUAUGAUAAGGAAAGCAAGCGAGGUGAAAGAAACUCCAGAGGUAGAAGAGGAGGUAGAGGAGUUCCUGGAAAUCGUAGAUAUGAUAGAUCUGACAAACCAAGAAGGAAUGAUAAAGGAGAAGUUGCAGCAGAGUGCGCCAAAGUCGUUGGUGUGGAUAAAGACUACCUGUCAAGGGUUGAAGAACAGAAAAGGCUACGUGAAGAAAUGAUGCGAAUGAAAGAACAGCGUCGCCAUGGACAUGAAGAGAGGAGAGCUGAACAGCCUAGAAUGAAAAGCGAACCGGGAUCCAGUACUGCUUCAACUACAUCAAAAAAGAAAGCUUUUCUUUGUGUGAAUGUAAAGAAUUUGAAACAGCUGCCAACAGCUCUGAAUAGAGUUGAAACUCUGGCAAAGGAAGUGGGAACCGUUAAGAAAGUGUGGCAGUUCAAUGAUGAUCAAGUAAAUAUAAUAUUCACGGAGCUGGAGAAGGCCAAAGGCUUCAUGUUGAAAUACAACAACAAAGUACUCUCCGGCUUACGUAUACAAGUAUCCUUAGAAAAAGCUUAUUUAUCAUUAGCAGAAGUCCAAGGAUAG